AUGGUGAAUUCAUGGUUCAAAAAUAAUCCAUACCUUAUCCUUGCACGUACCGCUUGCUCGCUAACCCACAACACGUUUGCAGGCCUAACGCACGCUAGAAGCCGCCACGACGCGUUCUCGUCGCACAAACGAUCCUACCACGACUAUUCACGCAAUGCCAACUUCGAAAACGCUUUAAAAAAGUACGAAUCCCCCGAAAAAAACGCCAAAAAACACCCCAAAUGCAAAAUCAGUCUUAAUAACAAACUCAAAAUCUCAGACGAAGUUAAGGUUGAAACUUUAGAUCUUCAAUGCAAUGCUAGUUCUAGAUCAAGUCUGUAUUCUAUACCCUCCAUAGAGUGGGACGGACGAUGCAAGUCAGAAUACGCCUUUAAAACCAGGUCUCUGCCAAGGCAAAGGGUUUCUGAACUUACCAAGUUGUACAGAACAAGGUCACAUAGUGGUUUUGUCAAUAAUUAUGUCAAAUACCCAGAACCGACGCAUUAUCAUUUACCUAGAUGUCGCUCUUGUGGCGCUACCAACAAUUCUUACGCGUGGGAAAUUAGAGAGAACAAAAAAUUACGCCAUUCGUUGUACUUCUCCGUCGAUGACAUCCCCCAAAAGUGUAUCGAGGAAGCGACCAAUAUAAACGUGGUUAAAGUCGAAGAAAAAGUCGUCCCAGUGUUCAAAGUGGCUAAAGUGGAAGAGGAGUUCGUCGAAAGUCAGGAAUUCAACGAAGACAACUAUUUAGGCGAACUAGGAAACAGUUUCUCGUCCCAAAAUGAGACUAUAAUCGAGAAAGAUUCUCCGGAAAAGGAGAAAAUUGAUGAUACGCUGACUGAAGAUAAGAAAAAUGAUGUUGUCUAUGAAGAUGACGUGUAUAGGGCUGAGUGUGUUCAAGUAGAAGAGCAUAGAGAAAUAGAUGAAGUAAAUAACAAUACUGUGGAGUCAAUAGAAGGAGAAUACCACAGCUUUACUGAUGAGCUGGAUUUUGAGGAAGCGGUGUAUGAGAGUCCAGUGAAAGACCUCGUAGAAAAGGAUAUUAGAGAUUAUUCCGUUCCUAUUAAUUUUUACUGCGACGACUACGCGAAGAAAGAAGAUAGCCCGAAAAAGUCGCCGCAAAAAAGGCGAGAUAUUGCUAAAAGUAACGCAACAAUCUUGGAGCCAAUUUUGGAAGAGUCCAAAAGUUCUUACGACGAUUCUAAUAAUUCUGUAGAUAAAGAAAAAGGUCCAGUAAAUAAUGUCAGUAAUAUCAUUGAAGAUGUAAUAACUAAAGCAGUGUCAGCCGUCGAAUUGAAAGACGAAAUCGGUGUUACCAGCGAAAUUAAAAUAACAACGGAAAUGCUUGAAACGGAAUACGUGAAACAAGAAUACUUUAUCAAUGACGAAGAAUCUGACAUAACUACUAACGAUUUGGAGAUUAUUUCGACAAAUAUAAUUCAGACUGCCAUAGAUGCUUAUAAAGAAACAGAAACCGUGGAAGAUGAAGUCAUAGAGAGUGUAUACGACGAUAUUUUCGACAUUUUGGCGAGUGAGGCUGCGAGCACCACUACAGUGCAAUAUAACCCUAAUUUCAAUGAUAAUAAAGACGUCAGAUCCAGUCUUUACAGCGUCAGUUCUGGUGUUGAAGUAUUGAGCUUUGAUUCGACGGUAGAAUUUGAGAAAUUGGAGGUGAUCUCAGAUAUCAUUGCUUCCAUUUUGAACAGGAUUGAUUAUAAUAAUAAUAAAGAGGAAGAAUUCUUUAAUAACGUCGAAAAUAGAGUAAUCAGGACUGAAUUCGAAAUUGAUGCUAUUAAUAAUAAUAAUAUUGAAAGCAUAGUUGAAAACGUUGAAGUUAGAGAAAGUGUGGAAUCAGAAAAUUCGGACACGAAGUCUUCUGACUCAAGUUCUGAGUUCUUCUCAAUAAAAAAGAUAAUUGAUGACAUAGAAACGAAUGUUUGUCUAAACGAGACUGUAUCCACUGAAAAUAGCGAGUUAGAAAUUAACCAAACGAAUAAAAUUGUAGAAGCGAUAAUUUACUAUGUUUUUAAUGCGGCAUUUUUCGCUUGCACCAAAAAGAAUAAGGCUAAAAAAGAUACUAAAAAAGUUGUUACAGUUGUAGAUUCAGAAGAUAUUUUGUUGACUGCCAUACCUUUAUGGGACGAUGAUGGUAUAAACACAGAUUUGGCUAUUUCGGAAGCAGAAGUUGAAAGCACACAAACAGUUAAUCAAGAUGUUUUAACUGAAAGUAACCUACAAGAUGCAAAUGAUUUAGAAACCUGUCUCAAUAAUGAUAAACUGCUAAUGGAAAGUGAUCGCUUCUCGCAUGACGUUAAGGUUGAUAAUGAAAGUGAACUGUACAAUGGAAUUGAUUUUAAUAUAACUUAUGUUACUGAAAAAAGUGCUACUGACAAGACGUACUUGUGUGAGGAGCAUGAUAAUUACAAUUACCAUGAAGACCCCGAUGAUACAGAUUGUAAUUCAUCAAUGAAUGAUGAAUCCGAAAUCCCAUACAUUACAAACGACACCGAAACCGAAGAACAGCGUAUAAGAAUAAACCAAAUAGCGGACGCAGAAAAUUUCCUAAACGAAACUUUUGUCAUGGAUUCUAAGUCAGAUAUGAACACAGCUUUUUUUGAAGAUCAAUACAGUAGAUGUUCGUCUCCUAACAGAGAAAGCAAAGCAUUUGAAUCGUGCACCGAAUCUCCAAUAAGAAACAAUAGCACAAAUUUCGCUGGCGACGAUUUGAGCGUACUAUACGAAAAAGACGACACAAUUUUAGGUUCUCCAUUCGUCAAAAAAGCACCCGUGAUUUCGAUGUCGCAAACCGAACAUAGCGGCGGCAUCAAAUACUGGCUGUCUUUCGACAAUAGUUUGACAGAAAUGACACCUGUCAAGAGGUACAGUAGACAAUUUGACGACAAUAAAGUCGCUAGCUUCGUUAGCGUAAACGAUGAUGAAGAUUUUGAAGGGUAUAAAAGAUCCGGUGUCUUGCAAGAAAAAUACAAUGAUAGCCAGUUCACGACUGAUAGCUUCACAACAGCAUGCGCUAGCAAUACAGACUAUAAUACUUGCGAAUCGAAUCUCGAUUCGAAAAUCGAGACGGAAUCGAAUCAGAAGCGAUUGCUGUACGAUUCCAGAGAUUUGAAGAGGUCGAGGAAGUAUUCGAGUUGGCCUCCGAUUGAUGAUUCGUUGUUUUAUAGAAUUAUAUCGAAGUUUAGAAUGUCAGAGAGUUUCGAUCCGAGCGAUUUGGAGGCUACAAAACUAGAUAAUAGCUAUUGAAAUAUUUCAAUAUUGCAUAAUUUCGUCGAAAUAAGUGCUAUCGUAUUUGCACUCACUAGGAUGUCGCGAUCGCUUCUCAUAGCGAAAUUGUAGUUCAAAGGAGACAGCGAAGCCAUCGCAGUUUUCACUUUGUCUAUGUAUUUCAGUUUGUUAUUUAAGACGAUAUUGUGUGCCCUUUAUGGGCAUAAAUAAUAAAAAUAUCUCUAUGGGGUGUUUAAAACAAUAUAUUACUGUAAGUUUUUUUAACCAUUCAUUUAUUUAGGAAGUAUUAGUAUUAAAAAAUUGGCGUUCAACAUUUCUAUAUUAAAACAUUUUUAAGUACCUCUGUUCAAUGCGUGGAAUAGUGUAUCAACUCAUUUUUUAGCUAUUUUUAGGGAAUGUCUGUUUUUGUGUUAAGUUCGUUUACAUUUGUGUUUGUAUUGUUUUUUUUGUACAUGCUUAGAAUAACUCUUCCAUUUUUUCUGUGAGC